GUGUGUGUGUGUGUGUGUGUGUGUGUGACUUGUGAAACACAAAAACUUGUCCCUUUCUUCUUUUCCCUUUUUUCUCUGAGAGAUCUGAGAGACAAACAAAACUACAACAAAAUAUCAUCUCAAAAAGUUGAACUCUUUUUUGCAUGAUGAAACUCGUGAACCUUCUUUCUCAAGUGAACAUGGUAUCAUUCAGAAUCUCUCUGUAACAUACAAACCCACCUACUCAAUUAUUCUCAUUCAUAAACUUAAUUAACUCAUCACAAUUUCAUUUUUCAGGUUCUUCAAAAACUAAAGCUUCUUUUCUGAUUACAAAAAAAAUAAAAUAAAACAGAACAAUCAAAUUGUUCUCUCUAAGAAGUUGAAGUUUCUAUCUUUUUUUUGUGGGGUUGUAAGAUUCACAUUUGUUGAACCAAAGAAGUAAACAAUUCAAUUUCCUACCGCACAUUUUUCAGCGCGUGACAAUAAGAACAGAAGAUUGAAACCGAUGAAGGAAGCUGAGAAAAGCUUAGAUCCACAACUAUGGCACGCAUGUGCUGGAGGAAUGGUUCAAAUGCCAUCAGUGAACUCAAAAGUUUUCUACUUUCCUCAAGGUCAUGCAGAACAUGCUCAAACCAACGUUGAUUUUGGAGCCUCUUUUCGAAUUCCACCAUUAAUCCUCUGUCGUGUAGCUUCUGUGAAAUUUUUAGCCGACCCAGAAACAGAUGAAGUAUUUUCAAAGAUGACUUUGAUUCCCUUAAGAAGUUCAGAGCUUGAAAAUGAAGAUUUUGAUGGUGUUGAUGGUAAUGCUUCUGAGAAUUCAGAAAAGCCUGCAUCUUUUGCUAAGACUUUGACACAAUCUGAUGCAAACAAUGGUGGUGGGUUUUCUGUUCCGAGAUACUGUGCAGAAACGAUUUUUCCUCGGCUUGAUUACUCGGCAGAGCCGCCUGUUCAAACGGUGAUUGCUAAGGAUGUUCAUGGCGAGGUUUGGAAGUUUAGACAUAUCUAUAGAGGAACACCAAGGAGGCAUUUGUUAACAACUGGUUGGAGUAGUUUUGUAAACCAGAAGAAGCUUGUUGCAGGUGAUUCUAUUGUGUUUCUGAGAGGUGAAAAUGGUGAACUUUGUGUUGGGAUUCGUCGCGCUAAGAGAGGGAUUGUUGGUGGUUUGGAAACACCUUCUGGAUGGAGUUCUGUGAAUGGAAGUUGUGGUUUUGGAGUUGGAGGUUAUGGUGCUUUUUUGAGAGAGGAUAAUAAGUUGUUGAGAAAUGGAUGUGGGAAUUUGAGUCCUAAUGGUGGGGGUGUAGGUGGUAAUUUAGGGGGUGGAAGAGUUAAAGUGAGUGGUGAAUCUGUGAGGGAAGCUAUGAGACUUGGUGGUAGUAAUCAACCAUUUGAGGUUGUUUAUUAUCCAAGAGCAAGUACUCCUGAGUUUUGUGUUAAGACUUCAGCUGUGAAAGCUGCUAUGAGAAUUCAAUGGUGUUCUGGUAUGAGGUUUAAAAUGCCAUUUGAAACUGAGGAUUCUUCUAGGAUUAGUUGGUUCAUGGGAACUAUUUCUUCUGUUCAUGUUGUUGAUCCUAUCCGUUGGCCUAAUUCCCCUUGGAGACUUCUUCAGGUUACAUGGGACGAACCGGAUUUGCUACACAAUGUGAAGCGUGUGAGUCCAUGGUUGGUUGAGUUAGUAUCAAACAUGUCAGUGAUUCAUCUCACGCCGUUCUCGCCACCGCCAAGGAAGAAAUUUCGUUUUCCACCACAUCCCGAUUUCCCUCUCGAUGUUCAAUUUCCGAUACCGACUUUUUCAGGCAACCCGUUCGGGACUAAUAACCCUUUGUGUUGUUUAUCAGAUAAUAAUAACAAUGCUCCUGCAAGCAUACAGGGAGCCAGGCAUGCUCAAAUUGGAAUAUCUCUCUCAGAUUUUCACCUUAACAACAACAAACUUGAGUUAGGAGUGUUUAAUCCAAACCAUAAUGAGAUGAUGAUGAUUUCUAAUGGCAGCAACAUAGUAAAAAACAACAAUCAUGAUAAGAAGAACAAAGAAAGUUUAUCAUGUUUGUUAACCAUAGGAAACAAUUCUCACAAGAGUUUGGAAAAAUCAGAUAAUAAUAAUAAUAGUAGUAGUAGUAAUGUUAAUGUUAAGAGACACCAAUUUUUGCUUUUUGGUCAACCAAUACUCACUGAGCAACAAAUCUCAAGAAAAUGUUGUAGCAAUGAGAAUAAGGAGAAAGAAAAGUGGUUUUUGAGUGACACAAAAUCUUCUGAACAGUUUUCAUCACCAGGUAAAUCAUCUACUGUUACUAGUGGUGAUGAGGUUUGUUGGAAACAACAAGUUGGAAUAUUAGAUAGUGGUCAUUGCAAGGUAUUCUUGGAGUCAGAAGAUGUUGGAAGAACAAUAGAUUUGUCACGUGUUGGUUCUUAUGAAGAACUGUAUACAAAACUGGCAAACAUGUUUGGAAUAGAAAGGUUGAGUCAUGUACUAUACCGUGAUGCAACAGGUGCUGUUAAACAAACUGGUGAAGAACCCUUCAGUGAUUUCAUGAAGACAGCAAAAAGAUUGACAAUUCUGAUGGAUUCAGGCAGCAAAGAUACUAGAAGGGUGUGUAUCACAGGAACUAGGAAUGCUGAACGUGGAUUAGAUGCAUCAAAUAAGAGAGGACCUCUGAGCAUAUUUGCAUGAUACUAUGGUGUUGCAUUGCAUCUGAAUUAUUAUUAUAAGAUAUUUCUAUCAGAAGUUGAAGGAUAUAUUCUUGUUAGAGAGACCUUCAAAUUUAAUCAUAUUUUGGAGUAUUAAUUUUUGUUUAAGUUGUAGAAAACAAUUAUUAUUCCUUUAUUUUACCAAAACAAUUAUUAUUCCUGUUUCAUGCACAA